GCAGCAUUUGCUAGUUCUGGUGACCCUCUUCCCGCCCCAGGGUCGCUUCUCAAUCGAAACUGCGUCUUCGUUUCAGUUCUGACGAAGGGCUCUCUUCCUAUUCUCGCCCUCUCUCCCAUUCGUUAAUCUUUCUUUGCUUUGGAACGGCUUGAUGCGGCGCCACUGCUGACCACCUUGUUUUAUUACCAUAUCCUUCCAAACCCAGAAGCGAUCCUUAGUGGGACCUUAUGGCAUCUAUUCAUGGCAAUGUUGGGGGCAGCUUGUGCUUCAACCACUUCCCGAAGCCAUACCUGGGUUCAUUUCCAGCUGGAAUUUUGCAAGUUAGACUUGGUUGGAGUAAUUCACGAAGGAGGCUUAUGCCAUAUACUUGUAUAAAGUGUGAAAAGAAAGAUGACUAUGUUGAAUAUGAAUAUGUUGAACGUCCACCCUACCAUGUAUACAAAGACUCAACUUCUGGCGAGCUUGAACCAGCCUCUGGUGCUCGAGCAAGUAUUCCUGAGCAGGAGUAUUGGCCUGAGGGUACUGCUAGCCUAGUUAGGGCUGCUAGAGCGCCUGAACCAACAGGUGAAUCGUCAGGAUCACCGUCUUAUGGUCAAAAGCCUGGAAGUAGGAGGAAGAAUUACAAAUCAUCUGCGGCUGCUUCCUCUGAGGUUUAUGUGGAAUCAAAUAAUCCUAACCCUCCUGAAUCUUCAGUAGAGUCCGCAGAAGAUUCCCAAGAUUUCUCAUCUGACUAUGUCGUUUAUCAAUCUGAACCUGAGGCAGAAGAGACUGGAUAUGACCUAGAUAAGAAAUUAGGACGUCCCCAUCCAUUUAUUGAUCCGAAAGUUAAAAAGCCAAUAGAGGAACCACGUUCAAGUGAAGAAUUGUGGUGGCAUUGGAAAAAGCCAGAAAAAGAGCAAUGGUCCAGAUGGCAAAGGAGGCGACCUGAUGUCGAAACGGUUUUCCUGAAAGCCAUGGCAGAAACUGGGCAAGUAAAGCUUUAUGGUGACCAUCCAACAUUAACAGAAACUUCGCUUUACCGUGCAAGACGCCACAUUUUUAAGGAAGAAAGGCUUCAAGCUGAACAAGAGAGACUGGAAAGGAUAGGGCCACUAGCAUACUACUCAGAAUGGGUAAAAGCUUGGAAGAGGGACACUUCUCGUGAAGCAGUUCAGAAACAUUUUGAAGAAACUGGUGAAGACGAAAACACUCAAUUAAUUGAAAUGUUUAGCCAUCAAACAGACCGAGAGUAUCGCAUAAUGAUGGGGACCGAUGUUCGUAUCCGUAGGGAUCCUCUAGCAAUGCGAAUGAGGGAAGAUCAAAUAAAGCAAAUUUGGGGUGGAGAUCCAGUUUACCCAACUAUAAACUAUAUUCAAGAUCCUGAUGAAGUGAUUGACUUCAGGGGACCAGAUUUUCAUGAACCAACGCCAAAUAUGCUGGCUUAUCUUAAAGAGCAUGGAAAAAUCAUUUCAAGGGAAGAACUUGACAAGAUUCUGGCAAAGGAAAAGACGGAACAAAUUGAGAUGACAGAUAUGGAUGAAGCUAUGGCGAAAGCUGUUGACAUUGGUGAAAAUGAUGAUGAAGAGGAGGAGGAGAGUGACCUUGAGGGUGUAGAAGAAGAGGAAGAGGAGGGGGAGGAAGAGGGAGAGGGAGAGGAAGAGGAAGAGGGAAAGAAGAUUACUCGCAAUUGGAGUGUCUUAAAAACUAGCCCACAGCUUCGCAAGUCAAAGCCUAAGCCCAAGAAGAAUGAGCCCUUAUCCUUGGAAGAGGCUGUAGAUGAUUCUGAGAACUUGACUGAUUUCCUCCUGGACUUCGAAGAAGAAUAAUUUGUCUCAUGAAGAGUUUAUGUUCUUCCAAGCUGUAUGUAUAAUGUAGAGGAAGACAUGUAUGUUAGUUUGUAGCAGUAGGGGAGUUAAAGUAAAAUUUAUUAUGUUAUGUAUCAAUGUAACUAUCUUUUGAAAACUAGGGUUUGUAAUUUGGACUGACGGAAUAGCUUGAGAUUUAAUUAGGGAUCUGACCAGAAAACUUAUCAAAUUUUGGACCUAGGGUAUCAUGCUA